CCCGACGGAGACGUGCUCCCGGGAUCCGUGGUUUGACCUCCGCGACUGAUCACCGCGAGAAGACCCUUUUGAAGCAGCGGGGCUGGCGGCGAUCGGCACAGCCAUGCCGGCCGCGCGCGUGGAGUACAUCGCGCCCUGGUGGGUCGUGUGGCUGCACCGCGUCCCCCACCUCAGCCUGCGCCUGCAGCCAGUGAACAGCACCUUCAACCCCCGCGACGAGAGCUACCAGGAGUCGCUGCUACUCCUGGGGCUGGUGGCCGCUGUCUGCCUGGGGCUGAACCUCGUCUUCCUCACGGCCUACCUAGUCUGGCUGUGCUGCGGGCGGCGGGACGGGGCAGCGCAGACCAAACAGCACAGCUCCUGCUGCGUCACCUGGGUGGCCGUGGUGGCCGGGCUCAUCUGCUGCGCUGCGGUGGGCGUUGGUUUCUAUGGAAACAGCGAGACCAAUGAUGGGGUGUACCAGCUGAUCUACUCCUUGGACAACGCGAACCACACCUUCUCCGGGAUCGAUGCCCUGGUUUCCGGAACCACCCAGCAGAUGAAGGUGGAACUCGAGCAGCACCUGGCCCGGCUCAGUGAGAUCUUGGCUGCCCGGGGAGACUACCUGCAGACCCUGAAGUUCGUGCAGCAGAUGGCGGCCAGCAUCAGGGCCCAGCUCUCACGACUGCCGGUGUGGACGGACGUCACCGCAGAGCUGACCGAGGUGGCCGGCCAGACCAGCUAUGUGGAGUACUACAGGUGGCUCUCCUACCUCCUGCUCUUCAUCCUGGACCUGGUCAUCUGCCUGGUCACCUGCCUGGGACUGGCCAAGCACUCUAAGUGUCUGCUCGCCUUGAUGCUGUGCUGCGGGGUGCUGGCCCUGAUUCUCAGCUGGGCUUCCCUGGCUGCAGACACCGCCGCCGCCGUGGGCACCAGUGACUUCUGCGUGGCUCCUGACACCUUCAUCCUGAACAUCACACAGGGCCAGGUUAGAACAGAGGUGACCCGCUACUACCUGUACUGCAGCCAGAGUGCAAGCAGCCCCUUCCAACAGGUGCUGACUGUCUUCCAGCGCUCACUGACCACCAUGCAGAUCCAGAUUGGGGGGCUGCUGCAGUUUGCCGUGCCCCACUUCCCCUCGGCAGAGGGAGAUCUGCUCGAGAUCCAGCUGCUGCUGAACUCAUCUGAGGCCGGCCUUCACCAGCUGACGGCCAUGCUGGAUUGUCGGGGGCUGCACAAGGACUCUACCUCGGCCUCUUCUCCCUCCUGGCUCUCCUGGCCUAAUCUGACGAACUGGGUUCUCCUUGCUGUGGGGUUGUUAGUAGGUUUGAUCAUUGUUAAGAGCUUGCUGGAGCGUCUGUUUCAAAAACAGCAGCAAUUGCGCGUUACCGCCAUGAUGGCCAUAUUUAAAAUUUUAGCUCUUUUCAGCCUUUCUGACUUUUAA